AUGAAGGACAGAGCUAGUCAGUCCGAAUUUCUUGUUUUUAUAGAUAAUAUUUAUCAAUCUAUUGUCAUCCAGACAAAAACAAAUAAAGAAAAUGAAGAACAGAAUGUACAACAGAUCUGGGAAAAAACUAAUGAAGAAAAAGCUAAAGUGUGGACAAAUGAGUUUACUUUAGGAUUGAUAGCUUUAGUUGAAGAACAUCAAAAUCAAUUCCAAACUUUAGUAAAAAAGUAUGUCUGGGUGAAAAUCUCCAAAAUUCUACAAGAAAAAUUUGGUUGUUCAGUUACGUGGCAACAAUGUGACACAAAAUGGAAAGGUUUAUUAAAGAUGUACAAAGAUAUUAAAGAACACAACUCGACAUCAGGCCGUUUCGACAAAGGUCGAAAAAGAUGGGAAUACUUUGAAGUCAUGAACAACAUUCUUCAUAAUGUACCAGAAAUCACACCUGUAGCUACUUGCAGUAGCAGUAAAGGACUGAUAAUUAAUGAAGAAUUACAUAAUUCCGAUGACAGUACAAAGGACGAUAGUCUCAAAAAUCUUCUGUUAGCGAAACAGACUCUGUAUCAAAAUCUUCUUUUUCUAGAAAACGUAAAUUAA